UCUUUCAAAUUAUAUACAUAUUUACAUCAAAGCAUAAAAUUUGCUCAACACAAAAACAACAAGAGUUCUUCCUGCCAGUUCGUGAAAGCCACCAGCGGUGCAGAUUACAUGGUGUUUGUGGAAAAAAUUUAAUUGAAUUAAAGUAAAUAAUCUUAAAUAUAAAAAUAAUAAUGGCUAGUGUCAAUGCAAAUCAGACUAGCGAUAAGGAUGUAAUGGAGCCCAGGCGAUAUCAAAUGGAGCUCCUAAAUUAUGUCAUGCAACGGAAUGCUAUAAUCUAUCUUCCUACAGGUGCCGGCAAAACAUACAUUGCGAUAAUGGCACUAAAACGCUUUUCACAUCAAAUGCAAGAAACAAUUGAAAAUGGUGGCAAAAGGGCGGUAUUUAUGUGCAAUACCGUUGAAUUAGCACGUCAACAAGCUAUUGAGUUGAAGCGAUGCACUAACUUAAAUAUCGGUUUCUACAUAGGAGAGCGUGACGUAGAUAAUUGGUCUCCGAGGAAGUGGAAUGAUGAAAUCAAAAUCAAUCAAGUUCUUGUUGGUACAGCUCAAAUUUUUGUCGAUAUAAUUUCACAAAAUUAUAUUAAAAUUACUGACUUAAGUGUUGUUAUAAUUGACGAAUGUCACCAUGCAAGAAAUAAUCAUCCCAUGCAUGAGUUUAUGAGGCAUUAUAGAAUGGCCGCUGACAAAUCACAAUUACCGCGGGUAAUUGGUUUGACAGGAGUCUUAAUAAAGGGUAACAAACUGAACAAAAUUCGUGAGGAGCUGGAAAAUUUAGAAGCAAUUUUUCACGGCAAAAUCGUUACAGUCAGUUCAAUGGAAGAAUAUCAGAACGUAAUGGCAUACUCAACGAAACCCACAGAAAAACUCGUCGCGUAUACAAGGCAAACACAUAUAUUUAGAUUAGUUCAAACCAUCAAGGAUAUUAUCAAUGAAUGUGCCGAAAUGGUCAAUAAAUGGGAUUUAGGUGCAAUUAAAGUAAAGCAAUCCAAAAAUUUGGGUAGUCUACGACAGCCCAAUAAAAAGUCUUUUAUAACUAAUCUUUUAAAUGAUUUCGUAUAUCAAAUGGAAGAAUUCGGCUUAUAUGCAGCGGCUAUAGCCAUAAUGUCGCCAAUAAUUGAAUUUGAACUGAAAAAACGUGCAGCCGAAACAAUGGUUUUGCGUAACCUUUACCGUUAUGUAAUCAGUACUUGCGAAAAAAUACGACAUAUAAUCAUCGAUGAACUGAAAGAGGAAAUUACUGAUCCAGAUGACGCAUACAACACCUUAGACAUAAUAUUCAACUAUUCAACACCAAAAAUGCGUUCACUACUGCUUUUAACAAAGGAACUAUUUUCGAAUAAAGAUCCAGCUGAAAUACAUUGUUUGAUAUUCGUUGAGCGUCGGUACACAGCCAAAUGUGUGUAUUAUGUACUGCAACAUUAUAUUAAUUUGGAGCCCAUAUUGGCUAAAUCUUUGCGUCCACAAUUUAUGGUAGGACGGAACUCGGUUGUAGCAAGCAUAGAAAGUCUGCUGUAUCAGAAGUGGAACAAUACGGCUAUCGAAAGCUUUCGCAAUGGCGACUGCAAUUUGCUCGUCUGUUCGAAUGUACUUGAAGAGGGUAUUGACGUGCAGGCCUGCAAUUAUGUUUUUGCUUAUGAUCCAUUGAAGACGUUUAAUUCCUAUGUGCAGACAAAAGGGCGUGCGCGCUCUAGCGACGCUUUAUAUGCGAUAUUCGCGCAAAAAUCGGAUGAAGCAAGUGUGAUACAAAAAAUCAAAGGCUAUCAAGAAGCCCAUAAAACCAUACAGGAUUUCUUGAUUGGACGUAUUUUGGAUCAAGAUGAACCAAAGGAACAAGAUAUUGCCGAACAAUUUGAAGAUCUGAUUACGCCAUUUAGAACGCAGAGCGGCGCCUACCUAUUGGCUUCGAAUGCGCUACCGCUGUUAUAUCGUUAUUGUGCUCUAUUACCUACCGAUGCAUUUGGCGUCGCCACGCCAUGGUUUAAUAAACAAACAACGGACGACAAUAAGAUCUGUGUAGCCUUGCAGAUGCCGUUACAAUCUUCAAUAAAACACACAAUAAUGAGCAAGGGAUAUCGUACGGUCAAACAGGCACAAAUCUCGGCAGCUUUUGAAGCUUGCAAAACAUUGUACGAGCAAGGCGAACUUAAUGAGCGUUUAUUGCCGGUGACAAAAACGGAAUGCGUUGCUAAGGUGUCGGAAGAACUCUUUAGCCAUUGGAAAAAAUUCAAUGACAACGUCACCUCCAAAACUGCGGGAAAACAACAACGCCGACUCUACAAUCACAGAUAUCCGGAUGAACUCUACAAUGCCGUACCACAGAUCAACGAACUUUGCUACGCAUACGAGAUUCGUGCAUAUCCGCAAUUUAAAGCCGACAGCUAUACGGAGCAUAUAGUAACGCUAUUAAAUACUAAUUGUAACUAUGCAAUUUUGACACGCAAACCAAUGCCAGCGCUCGCUGAAAUGCCACUCUUCAUGAAUCAGGGUAAAUUAUCUGUGAAAAUUGCUGAAAACCCGAUCACAUUAACCAUAACAAGUGAGCAACAACUAAAACAAUUAGCCAAAUUCCAUUUGAUGAUCUUCCGUGAUAUACUGGAAUGCUGGAAAAGUUUUCUGGUGCUUGAUCGGCGCAAUCAAGAGAACGCAUACUUUAUAGCGCCACUUAAUAACGGUAAAAUCGAUUGGGAGUUGGUGCAAAACUUUCAACGUCUCUUGCCACAGCGAAAGUACAGCGUAAGCGAAAGGCAAAAAAAAGUUUAUAAGCCAGAGGAUUAUAUAGGCAAGGUGGUCAAUAAGUGGUACUCGGGCAGAGAUAAUCAAAGAUUUGUUGUCACCAAAGUGCUUACAGAUCUAACGCCACAAAGCGCUUUCGAUAAUAAUCAAUAUCCCAGUUACAUUGACUUUAUCGAUGACAAAUAUAAGAAUGAAGUGGAUUGUGUAGUGCAAAAGGAUCAAUUUAUGCUGGAAGUACGCGCUCUAACUUCGAGAAGAAACUUUUUCGUCAAUGCUGUCGGCAAGUCAGCAAAAUCGCAUCACAACAGUUCCAUCAUACGCCUUAUACCGGAGCUUUGUCACAACUUCAUGUUUCCUGGUGAUAUGUGGCUCAAAGCUUUGUUACUACCGAGCAUUUUGCAUCGCGUUCAUUUCAUGCUUCAUGCCGAGGAUUUGCGACGCCGUGUUAAUAAAUUCCUGGGUAUAGCAUGUAACGUGGCAUAUCAGCCGAAAAAAUUAAUGAUCGACGAGUCUUUAGCGCGAGCUAUUGAUAUGGAUGGCAAUGCUAUGGAAGAGCCGCAGGAGCCGAAAAAAGUACUACCCGCCCUGCCCACACAGGCCAAAGAGACCGUGUUUACCAUGACCAAUUUAAAUGAUGUGCUGUGGAAGGACUACCUGGAACCCGAAGAUUUGUCCCGCAAACAGGAAUUAAUGUUUCCGGUUGAGCUGGACUAUUUCUACAAAUUUAUAAACGGUUCAAUAUUGGACACUUUGACCUUGAGCGAUGAGGAGUGGUCCGAGUCCCAGUUGGAUAUGCCAAAAAAGCCAGCGCUCGAAACAGCAGAAAACAAUAUGAAUAUCGACCGUUUGAAAUUGUGUGAUGCUCCUUUGACGGAAAAGCGCCACUUAAAUAUAUUGGAACUCACUUUAAGCGGUGAAAACUUAAAAUCUGCCGAACAGGCAGACUUUUUGGCUGCCCUAACAACAGCUGGCGCUAAUGACGUUUUCGAUAUGGAGCGUUUUGAGUUUUUGGGUGAUUCAUUUUUAAAGUUUUCCGUCUCUCUAUAUUUGGUGCAUAAAUUUCCAAAAUGGCACGAGGGAUUUUUAACCGAAGUCAAAGGAAAAUUUGUAUCGAAUCGAAAUCUUAUCUAUUGCAUGCUCGACACCGAUAUACCAGAAAGAAUUAGUGGCUAUCUAUUUAAGCCGCCUCACGAAUGGUUGCCGCCUUUAGUCAGCUUACCGAGUAAUCUUUUAGAACUUUUCAGCACGAAUGAGAAUAUGCUGAAGAGUUUAACACCGAGUGAUUUGUAUGCAAUUCAAUUGAAUGAAGAUGAGAUUAUCAACGGUGCUUGUUCAAGCGAACGUCUGAGCCAAAUCGUGAGCGGUAGCCAAAGGCAUUUUAUUGACGAUGGACCAGCUGCCGAAGAGAGACGUUUAGACAACGAACUAAAUUUGUUUAUAUACAAAGAGGCAUUGCGCGAUAAAGUCGUGGCCGAUACAUUGGAAGCCAUACUGGGUGUUUGUGUGAAAAAUUAUGGCAUUUAUAAUACUUUCCGAAUGUUGGAAUUCUUUGGCAUAUGCAAACCUGAUCCUGGCAAAUCUUUCUCACAUCUGAUGGACCUAAAUUUUACCAGCGCGCUGCUACAAGCAAGCAUUUCACCUAAGGAAGUCGACAGUUUUCUUAUAAACUAUCAAAAAUUGGAGGAGAAUUUGGGUUACAAAUUCCGCGAUCGCGCAUUUCUCUUGCAGGCCUUAACUCAUCCUUCCUAUCCGACCAAUCGCAUUACUGGCUGUUAUCAGGAACUUGAAUUCAUCGGAGAUGCUAUACUAGACUUUCUGAUUUCGUGCUAUAUAUUCGAACGCUAUCAGCAUAUGACGCCAGGCAUGCUUACAGAUUUACGAUCGGCAUUGGUCAAUAAUGUAACAUUAGGUGGUGUGUGUGUGCGUCAUCGCUUCCAUUUAUUUAUAUUAGCUGAAAAUAGCGCAUUGGCUGAAAAAAUUAAAGAUUUUGCCAAAUAUCAAGAAAAACAUAACUACAUCGUCAGCGACGAUGUACAAAUAUUGAUGGAGGAGACUACAGUGCCUACAAGUGAAACAAAUGGUGCCGCUUUUAAUAUGGCGAGCAAUGUGGAAGUGCCCAAAGCGCUGGGUGACAUAUUGGAAGCAUUAAUUGCUGCCGUCUAUCUUGACAGUCGCGACUUGCGUACAACUUGGCAUGUCAUUUACGGUUUGCUAGAACAGGAAAUCAAUCAGUUCACACAAAAUAUACCCUUGGACGCUGUACGUCAAUUAACUGAGCAUAAAUAUGCCAAUCCGAAAUUCGCCGAUCCGAUCUGUGAUGAGGACGUAUACUUGGUGAAAUGCCAGUUCACAUGCCUGAAUCGUAGUGUGGAGGUGAAUGGCUUUGGUGCAAAUGGGAAACUGGCAAAGAAAGCGGCAGCCAAGCAGGCGCUGCAAAUUUUAGCGAAACGUUCCACUUAAAAUAUGUUUUUUAUUCAAUUGCUAUACAUACAUUCGUAUUUAAACGCUAGUACAGUAAAUACUCGAAUUGCACUGUAGCUAGACGUAGGAAAGUAAAUUAUAUUGUAUUUGUUUAUUUUUUUUUUUUAAUUAUGUUUGGAAUUUAGAAAUGUAUUAAUGUCAUUUUCAUGAUUUUGUGUAAACUAAAAAAAUAUUGUUAUAGCUCUUCUGACUUUAUAUUUGAUUUUUUAUGUCAAAAGCUAAGCUUUUCCUGCAUAGAUAAGAUUUAGUACAACCCUUUAAUUAACCGUUAGAUUAAGUUUUCAAAAAGAGUUCAACUCUUCAACUUGUAAUACACAUAUUGCACUCCACAUACACACCAUAUACAUUUCGAUGUUAAGUAUCGGGUGAUUUUUUAAGAGCUUGAUAACUUUUUUAAAAAAAAAAACGCAUAAAAUUUGCAAAAUCUCA